UACCAGUUUUUAAAAACCUGGAGCGACCUUUGCGCCCUCUCAAGUCUCACCCCAAAUCUCAAACGAAACAAAAAAGAAAAAAGAAAAAACUAGCCGUUAAACCUCCCCCCUCUCAAAUUUCUCCAUUUUUUCUUUUUGUUGCUGUUUUUUGCUUCAAAAUUCUCCUUCAGAUCGCUUCUUUGGAACCCCGUUCGGCGCCUUCGGAUCGAGAAAGAAGGAUCAAAUGGCUUCUAGAACCAUCUCCAAGGACAUCAUCACCCUCAAGGGCUCCGCCGCAAUCGUCGGCGAGUUCUUCGGCUACGCUGCAAACAGCAUACUAUACAAUCGCGGCGUCUACCCCGAGGAAAGCUUUGCGAAGGUGAAGAAGUACGGGCUCACUAUGCUGCUGACGCAGGACGACGGCGUCAAAUCGUUCAUCGCGAGCCUAACUUCUCAAUUAUCAGAAUGGUUGGAAUCUGGGAAGCUGCAGAGGGUUGUUCUUGUGAUAAUGAGUAAGGCGACCUCGGAGGUUCUCGAGCGGUGGAACUUCAACAUCGAAACCGACGCCGAGGUUGUCGAGAAAGGGGUCAUAAGGGAGAAGAGUGAUAAAGAAAUCAUGAGGGAGAUCCAAGCGAUCAUGCGUCAGAUCGCCUCCUGCAUCACCUACCUGCCCUGUCUUGAUGAACCUUGUGUGUUUGAUGUUUUAGCCUACACUGAUAAAGAUGUUGCUGUUCCAUUUACUUGGAUUGAGAGCGACGCCAAACUGAUACAGAAUCCCCAGAUGGUUAAACUGCAUUCUUUCGACACCAAGAUACAUAAAGUGGAUACCCUGGUUUCAUACAAGAACGAUGAAUGGGACGAGCAGUAGCCGCUGUUCUCGAAGCUCAUAAGUGGCUGUGAACCGUUCAUUCACAUUGAGGCAUGUGUGUUAGGGAGAUUAUCGGCCGUUGAAUGGCAUCUUGUGCUGAAAUGUGAGAACAAUCAUUUAGAUUGGUUCAAUUUUAUGUGUUGAAUGUUUUUGGUUCUACGAAAUUACCACAGCUUUUUAGAACUUAAAUCUCUGAUGAAGGAAUCGAUAUGCAGUAGACAAAUCGUUCACAAGAGAAUGCUUCUCGAACUAUCUGUAGGAGUAGAAGAAGUAGAACGAAUUGUUCGUCGUGUUCAUUGAUGAUGACCAAGAAAUCGUAGCAUGUCCUGACGCAGUUCUAUUUGCAAAAUGGAAGGUGCACCCUCUCUCAGGGGAUGUUUAUGUCAAUUUCAAAUUAUGUACUCAAUACUGAUACUGGGGGUAAAUUGCACCAGGUGAAUUCAACCUUCCAGCAAAA